AGAAAACAACUCAAACGUUGCACGAUGACUAUAGCAACGGCGCAUAUAGCCUCAAUAAACAAACCAAUAAAAUUAAUUUAAAGUUAAAGAAAAUGUAAGACUCUGGGUUAGGAAAUUCUUUUCCUGUUGUCUUUAGAUCGACCAACUAACUCUUGUUUGAACCUUUUUAGUUAAAUUUGAUAAAUAAGUGAAUUAAGGGACACAACUUAUGUGUCUUUGUUUUCACCCCACUCCAAACUACCAAUAAGUUCAAGUGUAGAAUAAUGUCAAGGGUGUUAUGAAACCAUCAUCAGCUUUAAUGACCGAUUCACGUAAAUGUCUAUUUCGAAGCUGCGUGGUAAAUCAGCCCUUGGAAGAACAAACUGUGAAAAUACCACAACUAGCCAUUGCACAACUUUAGCCAACAAUAAUAGCAACAACAGCAACAGCAACAAUAACUCUAGUAACAACAAUAAACUAACCAAGUCCUCCUACAUACCUCAGACGUCACUGCUGAAAAUCGAACCAUUUGUUCCUAGUCUCAAUGCGAGACUCCGCCGACCAAUACACAGAUCUUACAGCACUCUUAGUUCUAGUUACUUUAAGAAGCUCACAAAUCAACAAAACCAUCAUCGUUUGAACGGACCAAAUGCUGAAGCUUUAAAAGCACGAGGUAAAGAAGUCACAUCAUUCCAAAGGCAAAGAUCUAAAUCAUCGGGUUCAUCAUCGUCUUUGGUUAAUCAAUCGGUGGCAGCAACUGUUGUUACCCAGCAACCGAAUGGAGUGUGUCGAAUUGUACGGAGUCCUAAGGAGCAAGAGAAACUCCCGGAUCGCAUCAACUACGACCGUCGUGGAUUGGGAGCUAUUCCCAUCUUCGAGAACGAGCUAAAUCUCAGGUUACUCUCGUUGCAGCAUAAUCUAAUAAAUGUUUUUCAUAUUCCACAGCAAGGCGGAAGUAGUGUAGAUAAGCAACAGCAAGGCCAGCAGCCUGAUGAUGAAGGUGCAAGUGGAAAGCUGGACAAAGAUACUAACGCUAACAUUAAUAACAACAUCCCAAAGGCCAAAUUAUCAAAUAAUCCUCGCAACUCAAUAAGCAAGAGAUCUUCAUCGCCACUGGUCAAUGCCGUUCCUUUAAACUCAAAUCCUCUCCAUCCGACCAGGUUCAGCCCGUCGUCGCAAGGAAAUGAAGGCAUGAGAUCCAAUCGCUUGCUCAUCAAAAACUCCAUAAUUCUGAAUACUUCUUCGAACACAAUAAACACUAUGAAGAAGUCGAAGAGCUUCAUCUCAAACUACUCUAAGCAUCUGUCGAGCUUGAGGAAAAACCUUCAUUCCAAAUGUUCGGUGGCACGAGCUGUGGACAGCACUGUCCGACAGUCACCAGGUUCACUCGAUGUGAGCCCUUGCGAGAGCCCCGUAGAUAUCCUCAAUGUAAAAAACAACCAGUUGCUAACUUCGUAUGGUGAAAUAUUCCAGAACUUGGUCUUUCUCGACCUCUAUGACAACCAAAUAGAGAAAAUCUCUAACCUGGAUGGACUGACCAAUCUUACGGUUUUGCUUUUGGGUAAGAACCGCAUCAACGAUAUGACGGGUCUGGCUUCUUUGAAGAAUACCCUGCGAGUCCUUGAUUUGCAUGGCAAUAGAAUAACAUCCAUCGGAAACAAGAUAAACUGCCUCCAAGAGCUGAAAUCCUUGAAUCUGGCCGGUAAUCAAAUCAGGCACAUAAACCAGAACGACUUCAUGGGCUUAAUGAACCUUCGCGAGUUGAAUUUGAAGCGUAACAAGAUAAAACGAGUAAACGGGUUCAAUCACUUGACCAGCCUUGAACGCCUAUGGCUGUGCCACAACGAUUUGCACAAGGUCGAGGACAUGUCAUCUAUAGCCAAAGCCAUAAACCUUCUCGAAGUCACCAUCGAGAACAAUCCGGUAUCGCUGGCUGGAGAUUGUGUCUCGUUUCUGGUGAGUUAUUUGCCUAAGCUGCAAAUGCUAAGCCAAAUGCCAAUAACCGAGCAGGUACGUCGCGCAGCCAUGGCCUGGCGCCGAAACAAGGAACUCUCUGACAGCAACUAUUCCAAUCUGUCGUCAGAUGUUUUUAGCAGUAUUCGAAGAGAGGAGGUGAUUUCAAAUGCUCGAACUAACUGGGAACUGCUUCGUUCACAGCAGACCCUUCAUAAGAAUUUGACAUCAAUAGCAAAUACCGUUCCAGUUUUAAUUCCUCCACCUCAAGAGACUGUUUCCACUGCUGCGGUUGUGGCUGUGGAAAUCCAACAGGAAGCUGUAAAACUCCCACCUAUUCAAGGUCAAAAGCAAAAUCCCUUCGGAUCGAAUGAGCCAUCGGAAAAAACACACUCAUCUGCUUCCAGUUUGGGACCAAACGUCGACUCAUCUUCGAGCUAUUUUAGCUCGGACAAUGAAGAUCGUGACUUGUCAACACGUUCCAAGGGAAAACGUCAACGAGAGAACGAGUAUUAUAACUCAAAGGAAACUAAUACUGUAAUAAUGAACAAGGAAAACGAGGAAGAGAAUAAGCCUACUGAGCACGAAGAAACGGUUGAACACCCAAUGGAACCCACAAUGAAAAUAGUAGUGGAUUCAUCACCCACCACCAUUCAAGAUCCUUCUGUAUUGAUUCCUUUGCAAUCGACUGUUAAUAAUGGCAGCAGCGUACUAAACACAGAUAAAUCAUCAGCGCCGUUAUCGUUGGGAACCACAGCAGCCUCUACCUUAGGAGCAGCAGUAGCAACAUCUAAAUCACAGCAACAUAAAAACCCUUCGAUGAACCUAGCGGUUCAUGUCAACAAUAAUUCUGGCACUACAGCGAAUCCAAAUGUCACAACAAAACGCUACAUGAAUGGAAGUCUAAUGAGAUCCCAAACAACAAAGCCUGCUACAACCGUCACCGUUUCUGCCGCCAAUCGGACACCUGCACAACUAAUUCACAACAACUCGACAGCAAAUAAUGUAGUUGCAGCCUCCGGAUCAGGUAAUGGCAGUGGUUCUUCUUUGAAUAACAACGGCAGUGGCGUAACAUCGUCCUGCAACAAUGGAACCUCCUCCAAUGCCGGCGGAAGUAAAACAUCGACAACAACUUCUGCUACCAAUAUAGCUUCUUCAACUUCUACAACAGGAACUACCAACGCUAAGCAGGCAGUGGAGCGAGAACGCGAACAGGGAGGCGAUUACUUGAUAGAGAUAUGCGGUCGUUAUCUGAAUGUGUACGGAACGGGAGCAUUACGUUUUAUUGACAAGCAAUGGAGCGCUCAGAAAGCCGGUGAUGUGCACACCCUAAAUUUUAGCUACAUUAACUUCAAUAGCAUAACAGCGGUGCUCGGAAGGGUCAAAGCUCGGUUUCCGCACGCGGAGCACUUUGUUUUCCGCGAAACGAAUAUCUCUUGCUUGGGCCAAUUGAACGCAAUGGCCGAACUGCAAGGCAUCACUUCCCUGACCAUUGAUUCGGAAGGCAACCCCAUUUGCGCCAAGGAAUGGCGUCUUUAUGCUAUCUAUCGAUUGUCGCAUUGGGGCUUAAAGACCAUCAACGGACAAGAAGUGAACGAGGACGAGGUUAGCGCUGCACAGCAGUUGUAUGUUGGCCUAUCGGAUUUGGUGUUGUGGUCGAUGCCAGAUGGGAUGUUGCAGCCCUUACUGGGACGCCUCAGACUCGAGGAGAAUUGCUCGUCGAGCAAGUUGACGCCCAAAGAAUGGUUACUAAAAGCCGACAAUGCGUUGAAGGUGGUUGUGGGAAAAGAGGCCUUACAAUGGAAGAAACCACCGAGUGGAGACUUUGAGAAUAGCACGACCAGGGAACGUGGCCGUAUGCACUUUUCUCUAAUGAUUGAGAAUACGUGCAAUGCUGUGGAAAAACUGAAUGCGUUGGAGGAAUUGUGGCCUAGUUUAUUGUUGGACAUUGUUAGAAACACUUUGUUGGAUUAUUCACAACUGGAUGUUUAUUUGAAAAAUUUGAUGGCGGAGAUUAUGAAUAAGUGAAAAAAAUAAUUGCAAAGCGGAUUGUGUUCGUUAAUAAAAAAGAGGGUGUGUAGAAAAGAAAGUUCGAAAUAAAAUU